AUGACACCGGAGAAGACGAGAGACCCAAGAGAUGGCCAAAAAAUCGACGAGGGUAUAGCUGCUGUUGAAGUUCUUGAGCGGACGACAGUGACCGCAAAGGAUCCAAGAGUCGAAGCUACAAGCAGAGAUGUCGCCAGAGAAGGCAACCCGAGACUACUGCGAGUGCCAAAGAUGACGACGCUCCGGCUGCCACCCUGCCGCUCUCCUCGGCCACCGACGUCUGCUCACUCGCGGCCACGCUCGCCGUCAUCGGCGGAGACUCCGUGGCCGCGCUGGCCGCGACGAUCUCCCUCGCUGAUCCCCAGCGGCGGCGGCGACAAGGAGGUCGUGAAGGAGUACUUCGACAACGCGGGAUUCCAUAGGUGGAGGAGAAUCUACGGAGAUGCCGAUGAUGUUAUCAGAGUACAGCUCGAUAUAAGGCUUGGACACGCGAAGACCGUCGAGAGUGCUGUGCAGAUGUUGACGGAAGAAGGGUCGAUUGAAGGUGUUACCGUGUGCGAUGCGGGUUGUGGGACUGGCUCGCUUUCGAUUCCUCUGGCUAAGCGAGGGGCGAUUGUUUCAGCGAGUGAUAUCUCCGUCGCUAUGGUUGCUGAAGCCGAGAAGCAAAAGGCCAGGCUCCCAGCUGAGAAUGGCCACAAUCACAAGCAACAAAGGGCUGAACACAGAGACAUAGAGGGGGCCUUUGCUUUGUAUGCACCAACUCAUGAGGCAAAAUGCUAG